AAAUUCGAAUUAGGAGCAUAAUUAAUGGAAACGAGGGAAUAGUUAUAGUUAUACGCUUAAAAACAAUAAAUUUUAGCAGUUCCAGGCGGCUAUAAAUUUCCCAAAUCCGUUCGAGUUCUAGGGUUUCCAUAAUCUCAAUUCUCUUCGAAUUCAUCAAAAUCUCUUGGAAAUGCAGCACAAUAAUGAAUGAAAAGUGAUGGACUUGGAAGAUCAAAAUUCAGCUAGUAAAUCGGUCCAGGAUAAUGAAGAAAUGACCACACCGGCAAGAUUUGAAAAUGGUAAUCAAACCAAGGUAGAAAGUAGUAAUGGGUCUAGUCCUCCUGGGGAUAAUAGUAAUAAUAAUAAUUUAGAUGACGUAAAAGGCAAGGGAAUUGAAAUUAAGGAGGUUGAGGAUUAUUCAACUCCGCUGGUCAAAUCCUCUCCAACAACUAAGGGGUUCGGGUUAAAGAAAUGGAAAAGGAUGAAGAGGGACGCACAGCGUCAGGAUGGGGAUAGUAGUGUAAACAGCGGUAAGCUGUUGAAACGGGGUUUGGCGAGUGAGGUUGAUAAUUCAGGAAAACCUGUAAAUUUUUCUGCUGGAAGGAUCCAAAAAAGUGAUGGAUCUGUUUCAUCUACGAAUGCAGUAUUCAGGAAUACUGGAGUUCUGGUUGAUGGCUUUGGUGUAAUCGCUGACUCUGGUUUGGCUAUUGGGCCGUUUUUCCAUGCUGUAUCGGAAUCAGAGAACAGCGAGGAUCGGAGUAGUAGGUCUUCUACUGCAGCUAUUGCGCCAAAGGCAAGGUAUGAAGCACCUGUGCCCCCUGGUUAUCCAUCUGAAAAGCAUUGGUUGAGGAGUUUGAGUGGGAAGAGCUUGAGCACAUCAGCUCAGAAACCUCAUCAGGGAAAAGGUCGGGCUGAAACUAGUAAAAAGCCUAGAGGAGAAAGGGUCAAAAUCGAGAAGCAAAACUCUCGGUCCAGCAUGGAAUCUGACUCGCAAAGCUCUAAUUUUCUCUUUAUGCAGGGUAACUUUGCUACAAGUAAUGGUACAAAAGGUGAAAGGUCAAUGAUCUAUGAUGGAGAAUCCAGUGAUGAAGCUCAGGACAGAGAAAGACCAAUUGUUGAGGAACUUCAGGCUGGUCUCGAGAGAGGAAAUGAUAGGGAGUCUGAAAAUGUGUCACAAGAAGAUCUAGCUGCUGAAUCUCCAUGGGAAGUUGAGGAAGAGAAGAGUGAGAAUCACGGUUCAUCUACUGAUCACGAUCCACUGAUGGAAUCUAUCUUCAGCUUCCAGGCUGCUCAAGAAGCUCUUGCUAGUGAAAUUCAGAAAUUCAAAGAAAUCGGAAAAGAUAUUAUCUCUGGUCAUUCGCUUGAGGAUGUUGGUAUACCUUCAACUUUUACUACAGAUGACUCAGAUUUCCCUAGACCAAGCGCAUCCGUUCUUUCACAGAACUGGAAUGGUGCUCAACAUUCUCUUAACUCUUUGGAGUCUGAAGUGUUUAGCCUAAAGCAGAAUAUAUUACUGUUGCAAAACAAGGUUCAGAAGGCAGCUGACCUGGUUAAAUCCAAGGAAGCAAGAAUUACUGAACUUGAAGCCAUUUUAGGUAGUAGCUCAAAGAGUGAAGAAGAGGUUAUUGAAAGCGAGUUCGAGGGUCUCUUCAGACAGAAAAUAGAAGCUGAAGUUCAGUAUUUGACAAUGUCAACAACAGCCCAACAGUUGAGUAGUGCAGCAGUGGAUCAACUUACCCUCUUGGAAGAACAGAAGACCUUAGCUAUAGAACAAGCACGGAUGGUGCACAUGCUAGGAGAUGCCGAAGCAAAGGCUACAGUGCUCAAGACACAAGCUGUGAAGUUGGAAAGUUACUGUGAAGAUUUAGCAAGCACUGAUGAAAAGCUAAAGCUACAGAAGAAAGUCUGUAAGUACAGUUGGUGUUUUUUCAUACAGUUGGUGUUGUUGGCCGUUGUCGUCGGACUGUUUCUGAUGCAGAUGUCUCUUGAUCAUGAUGAACUUGUACCCACCUAAUGUUAGAGAAGUCCCUUUUUCUCUUUUCUUUUUUCUUUUUUUCUAUCAUCAGCAUCGUUAUCAUUUAAUGUUGAAAAUGUUAGAUUAGUUUGUUUUAGAUGUUUAUAGAUAUGGCUGAAAUACCUACUUCUCAUUU